CACCGCCACACCAACACCCGCAAAAAGACUGGCAUGGCGGGUUGCUAUCCAGCCGGGUAUGAGCUGCCCAGAGGAGAGCUCAAGAGAAAUCCUUGGACAGACAGGCGCGCACAUCAAAGCUCUUGAGCUGCCCAAUAGAAACACCGUUCUCGCCCGAGCAACGAAAUCACACCAGCAGACGCAAUGUUCUUCUCCGGCUCCAAGCCCACCCCGCCGACCGAGACUCCCCUGUCCGAGUUCUCCGACAUGCCCGUCUCGGCCGCCUCGGCCGCCGACUCGGAGGGCAUCAAGAAGGCCUUUAUGCGCCAGGUCCAGCUCGAGUCCCAGAGCGCCAACGCGCGCACGCUGAUGGAGAAAAUCAACUCCAACUGCUUCGAAAAGUGCGUGCCGAGCCCCGAAGGCUCCAUGUCGGCCGGGCAGUCGGCCUGCGUGACGCAGUGCAUGGAGAAGUAUAUGACGGCCUGGAACCUGGUGCACAGCUCCUACGUCCGGAGGUUACAGCAGGAGGCGGCGAACGGCGGCAUCCAGUGAGGAGGGCUCUUGCCGCUCUUGUGCCAUUUUUUAUUUGAUGCGACGACGUCCGCCUCUUUUCUCAGCCACUGUACAAUAAACUCGCUCACGUUCCAAGUUUACCAACCGCCCCUUGCCGGAAGGGGGCCUUCUUUUGUGUG